UGUUCUUGCCUCGACUCUGUGAAAUCCCACCUCAAUUCCAGACCACAUUUCUAUCUCAAAAAGCAAGACAAUUCCAGGUUCCACCACAAUCCCUAUUCUCAGUUCAAUAUACAAAAAUCUGAGCUGAACCUCAAUGAGGUAUGGAGAGAAACGUUUGCAGGGACUGAAAAUAAUAAUUUUGCACUGAUUGUUCAUAGUGUAUUCUCCUCAUGAGAACAUGAGAAGCAUGGCAGCGACAUGAGAAUAUGAGAAGCAUGGCAACGACGAUUUUGGGCAGACGAAUUGGCACAGUGUUAAAGGAAGAGCUGAGAAGUAAGGGAGAAUGGUGCGAUUCUUUUAUGGCUGCCGCUUUUCGUGCUAUCGCAGAAAGAAUCCCGUUGGCGAAUCUCGUCGUCGAAGUUAGAGACGCAAGGAUUCCCUUGUCCUCCGAAUGCGAGAUACUCAGAAACUACCCACUUCCCCAGAAACAAAUCAUAGCGCUCAAUAAAAUGGAUCUUGCGGGUGCAUCGAAUGUGAAGGCAUGGGUGGAAUAUUUUAGCGAAAGGAAUUGCAUAUCUUGUGGAGUCAAUGCUCAUAACAAGGAGGACAUCAGACAGUUAGCUUCUAAGCCUUAUACAAUGCCAAGUGAGAGAACUCAAGAGAGAUGAUCAAUGUGACAAUAAUUAUACCGCUACAGUAAUGUUAAUUGGGAUUCCAAAUGUUGGUAAGUCGGCAAUUACCAAUGCUUUGCAUCAAGUGGGGAGAAUCAAUGCAGCAG